AGCACCAAUAGCUAGUUAACCAAUCGCCAUUUAACUAAAAAAGAAGCCGUCCCAGUAUUUACACGUGAGCUCGCUGGACAUGAAUACAGCAGCUGUCGUCUCAUACAGGAUCUAACUUUAGCUAGUCCAGUGCUCUCUGAUCCCCUGUUUUGUGGCCACUUCUACAUUCAAGUCCUGAGAUGGCAUUUCAACUGUGCCCCAUUUGCCUGAAAGAAUUUGCUCAACUCAGCCAACAUCUGAGGGUGACACACCAAAUUAUCAAUGUUGAGGAAAGGAGGCUCCUCUUGGCCCUUGACUCCGGUAGGAUCAGCUUCCGUGUGGGAUGCUGCCCUAUCAUUGGGUGUGGCAAAGACACUAUGAGGCUAGAUCGUCAUUUGAAGAGGCAUCGCAAACUGUCACAGAAGGCUCGGCAAAAUAUUGUGAUGGAGUGGAAAAAGAAAAAAAUAAUGUCUCAGCUAGCUGCUCUCCGAGCAUCAAAUCCCAGGACCCCAAUGAAUUCCACCUUAGAUCUGAAGGACGAUCAUGUCAAGGACGAUCAUGUCAAGGACGAUCAUGUCAAGGACGAUGAUGUCAAGGCCGGUGAUGUCAAGGACGAUCAUGUCAAGGAGGAUGAUGUCAAGGCCGGUGAUGUCAAGGCCGGUGAUGUCAAGGCCGAUCAUGUCAAGGACGAUGAUGUCAAGGACGAUGAUGUCAAGGCCGGUGAUGUCAAGGCCGGUGAUGUCAAGGAGGAUGAUGUCAAGGAGGAUGAUGUAAAGGACGAUCACGUCAAGGAGGAUGAUGUCAAGGCCGGUGAUGUCAAGGAGGAUGAUGUCAAGGAGGAUGAUGUAAAGGAUGAUCAGGUCAAGGAUGAUAAUGUCAAGGCAGAGGACCCAGGGAUGCCAGAAGUUCCUAUGGCAGAAGAGGAGCUGUGCUGCCUUGAGAGCUGCCGACGUAAAAAACUCCAGCUAAAAUUGGAGGUAAAUGACCUCAACAAGCAAUUGAGCACCCUUGCUUCAUCCCUAACGAAAGUCACACAGCGCUAUAGUGCCCUAAAACGUCAGUGUGGUAGUGAGGUUUCCGAGGCCAUUGAGGACAAUGCCUUGCCGAUGUCCCCUACGCCCCAGGACUCCUCUAUCACAUCACAGCAGUCAUACGACCAACUGGAGCCCAGCAGCUCCCCUCACCAUCCUGAUCAGCUUCUACCUCUGAAUGAACAAGAUGAGAGUCCCGUUCCCACGCCAAAGCUAAGAAAGAUUAUGGGUGAAAAGAUGUUGCCAGAGGAUAUCAAAUUCGCUAGCAUUUCACAUGCCUCACAAGGCUUGGUAAUGCUGAGACCAUUGAAGCAGCUCAAGCUGCGUGCAUCCCACUGCUCAUUUGCACAAGUCAGCCCCAUCAAGAGAGCAAAUAGCAGAGCUGAGGCCAAAUUCAUAGUAAACAAGGCAUUGAAGGAUUCUAGCUUUCCUCGGCCUCAAUGAUUCUGUUGGCACUUUAAAUUGAUAAUCAGGUUAGCCUGUUGAAUGUUUAGGCACUUUGAUGUAUAUAAACUGUUGUUAUUUUGUUUUAUUGUUCUUUUAUUGUUCUUAGAUGUUUAAUACGUUUUUUUUUUUCAGAUAAUAGGCCAGUUGCCUGAUUACUUAUAUAAUGGGGUUUAAGUAUUGUCACUGUGGACAUAUUCCUUAAAUUGCUAAUUAAAACUAAAUAAAUGGAAACUUGAUAUUAAAAAUUUAUAUUUGAAACUCAAGUAAAUAAAACAACAUUGAAACUUG